CUCCCUCUCCCCACAGACCUCUCUCUCUCUCUCUCUCUCUCUCUCGGCCUCUCCGUCCUCUUCCCUCCGCCGCCUUCCUUCCCGCCUCACGAACACAGACCAGGCCUGAGGCGAGCCGGCCGCCAUCUUCUCCUUCGUCCUCCUUCCUCGGAGCCCGCCCUCGCCCCCUCCCUCCCUCCCAUUGGCUGAGCCCGGGAUGCCCCGCCCACCGGAGGCCCCCCAUUGGCCGCGUCCCGCUCAGCCCUCCUUUGACUGACGGGCCUUGUGUGGGCCUAUUGAGGCCUGUGAAGCCACGGACUGGGAGUUGUAGUUCGCCCUCAACCGGGGACACUGGGACCCCCACCCAGGAUGGGCCCGGACCGCCCUCGGCACACGGAGCCCCCAAGGACGUGAGAGUUCUCUGGAGCCACCCCUGCCGUGAUGGGAAACGAACCAGCUUCUAGUCGAUAUUAAGGCAUUUGGAAACCAAAGUGCAGGAAGGAAACCAGUCCUCUAGGAAAAAGGAUUCCUCUCAAGGGGCUGAUCCUGCUGAAUUCCUACAUUCACUUUGGAUUAUAGAGUAGAACCAUAGAGUCGGAAGAGACUGCAUGAGGCACCCAGUCCAGGCCUCUGCCGUGUAGGAAAGGCGCAAAGUACCCCUGACAGAUGAGCAUCUGGCCUCUGUUUAAAGGAUUCCAAAGGAGCCUCCACUACACUUUGAGGCAGAGAGUUCCACUGCUGAACAGCUCAGGAAGUUCUUAAUGUUCAGAUAGAAUCUACUUUCCUGUAAUUUGAACCCAGUGCUGUGAGUAAUCAGAAAGGGAAAAACAAGAAUCAAGUGUCUUUAUUGGAAUUAAAUGUACAUAACAUUGUUGACAUGGAGGAGAAAGUAUAUAAAUGUAUUGAAUGUGGAAAGAGCUUUAGUCAGCAUGGAAACCUGAAGAGACAUCAAAGGACUCACACUGGGGAGAAACCCUAUAACUGCCUGGAGUGUGGACAGAGCUUUGCUCAUAGUUCAGGUCUACGUUCACAUCAAAGGACUCACACUGGAGAGAAACCCUAUAACUGCCUGGAGUGUGGACAGAGCUUUGCUCAUAGUUCAGGUCUACGUUCACAUCAAAGGACUCACACUGGAGAGAAACCCUAUAACUGCCUGGAGUGUGGACAGAGCUUUGCUCAUAGUUCAGGUCUACGUUCACAUCAAAGGACUCACACUGGAGAGAAACCCUAUAACUGCCUGGAGUGUGGACAGAGCUUCACUCAGAAGGGAAACUUGCAUAAACAUCAAAGGAUUCACACUGGGGAGAAACCCUAUAACUGCCUGGAGUGUGGACAGAGCUUCACUGAGAAGGGAAGCUUGCAUAAACAUCAAAGGAUUCACACUGGGGAGAAACCCUAUAACUGCCUGGAGUGUGGACAGAGCUUCACUGAGAAGGGAAGCUUACAUAAACAUCAAAGGACUCACACUGGGGAGAAACCCUAUAACUGCCUGGAGUGUGGACAGAGCUUUGCUCAUAGUUCAGGUCUACGUUCACAUCAAAGGACUCACACUGGAGAGAAACUCUAUAACUGCCUGGAGUGUGGACAGAGCUUUGCUCAUAGUUCAGGUCUACGUUCACAUCAAAGGACUCACACUGGAGAGAAACCCUAUAACUGCCUGGAGUGUGGACAGAGCUUUGCUCGUAGUUCAGGUCUACGUUCACAUCAAAGGACUCACACUGGGGAGAAACCCUAUAACUGCCUGGAGUGUGGACAGAGCUUCACUCAGAAGGGAAACUUGCAUAAACAUCAAAGGAUUCACACUGGGGAGAAACCCUAUAACUGCCUGGAGUGUGGACAGAGCUUCACUCAGAAGGGAAACUUGCAUAAACAUCAAAGGAUUCACACUGGGGAGAAACCCUAUAACUGCCUGGAGUGUGGACAGAGCUUCACUGAGAAGGGAAGCUUGCAUAAACAUCAAAGGAUUCACACUGGGGAGAAACCCUAUAACUGCCUGGAGUGUGGACAGAGCUUCACUGAGAAGGGAAGCUUGCAUAAACAUCAAAGGAUUCACACUGGGGAGAAACCCUAUAACUGCCUGGAGUGUGGACAGAGCUUCACUCAGAAGGGAAGCUUGCAUAAACAUCAAAGGAUUCACACUGGAGAGAAACCCUAUAACUGCCUGGAGUGUGGACAGAGCUUUGCUCGUAGUUCAGGUCUACGUUCACAUCAAAGGACUCACACUGGAGAGAAACCCUAUAACUGCCUGGAGUGUGGACAGAGCUUUGCUCGUAGUUCAGGACUACGUUCCCAUCAAAGGAUUCACACUGGGGAGAAACCCUAUAACUGCCUGGAGUGUGGACAGAGCUUUACUCGAAGUUCAGGACUACGUUCCCAUCAAAGGACUCACGCUGGGCAGAAACCAUAGAAAUGCAUGGAGUGUGGACAGAGCUUUUCAUGGAAUAGACAUCAAUUUGAGUUUAGCAUAUUCUAAUAAUUGUAUAUUUAUUUCCUUUCUUAGUUUAAUAAAAUUAUUAGUAUCUAAA